AUGGACAAAAAUUCCAGUUUGUCCCAAAGCCUCCAUAAGUGGCCUGUCCAUCCACCCAAGUGGCCUCUCCAAUCACCCCUUUCUCAAUCUUUCAAGCGGUUCCUUCAACUUCCACCAGAGAUUCAGCAAAUGAUAUGGACAGAAUUUUAUCGCAUCCCUCGAUACUUCACUGUAGAAUGGGAUUCCUAUUGCAGAGAUGAGGAUAAUGACGAUGGCGGUAAGAAAGACGACGACGACAAGGACGACGACAAGGUGAGAGAUAGGGUAGGAUUCGACGGCGAGGAAAACUACGACAAUGAAGAUGAUUCAGUAGCUGAUGAUAACUCUAUGAUCUUCGAAUCUAGGAACUACGUCCGGUUCAGCGGCUCGAUAGUUGAGCCCAUCGGCAAGUCUAAAGCGAUUUACUACCACGAGAUCGACAACACCAUCAAUCAGAUGUCAAUAUCCAUCGCUCAAGGCGCUCGCUCACGGCUUCAGCUCCGGUUAUGGUGUAAGCCUUCAGGAGAUCAAGAUGGUUACUGGACAAAUAUGUCAUCUCACUGGAAAAAUCCAGAGGACCCCUUUGUGAACUUCGAGUUGGAAUUUCUCUACUUUCAUAAAAUCUGGGCCUGGCCUCCGUGGUAUAGCAGAGAGGAGAAGCAAUGUCUCGAAUGGAUGGGCAACAUCCAAAAUAUCAUCAUCAAUACCGAGAUUAACCGUAAAGCAAGAUCCGAGGAUGAAGUAAGAUGCACCAUUGCAAAGGGCUUCACCAAAGAGAACUUGUGGCUGUGGAAGAUGAGGCGCUGUCUGCCAAAUCCCAAGGUCAUCAGGCGCGUGCUCGCAGACGGGAUACUGCAGGUCCUGAACGAGCGGGCGUACUUCCAAACGAGAUAUCUGCUUCGCGAGGCACACAACGAGCAAUGGCGGAACACACGACAAGAGAUUGCCACAGAACCCCACUGGCUGCCGGCGAUGUGUUCGCCAAAGGAACCUCAAUGGGGACCAUUUCUCGACAUGUUGCUCUGUUGUGAUAUCACAAUGAUAGGUGCUGUUCCGCAGGAUCUUACACUAGAAGACGACGAGAUUUUGGGAAGCAGGAAGCUUUUUGGGGGGUUUCUUCAAGCCUUGGUCGAUGCAGACGCCGAAGAGCGGUAG